AUGGCUACAGGGAAAUAUGGAAAAGCUGCUGAUAGUAUUUCAGAGGAGGAAAAACAAAUUUUAGAAGUUUUUCAUAAAUUGUCAUUAAAACCAGAGAAAAUGGAAAGUCCGGAUGAUUUAAUUGCUUUUGUGGACCAGAUUAAACUGUUGAAAUCUGCAUCAUCUACAAAAUCAGUACCAGCAGAAGAAACAUUUUCAUCAAAAGGCAGUAAUCAUUUUCCAAAACUAUCAACUUUCUAUGGAGAAGAUAACAAGGGAGAUGUCAGUUGGGAGACUUUUAAAUUUGAAGUAGAUGCAUUGAUGGCUGAAAAGUACUUUACAGAUGAACAAAUUUUACUUGGAAUUAGAAGAUCAGUGAAAGGAAACGCAAGCAAUGUUGUUAGAAGAUUAGGCAAAGGGAUUGAGCUACGAAAGAUUGAGGCUGAACUUAAGUCAGAGACAGAAGGAACUCAUAAGAAGUGUAACGCAGCUAUCAACAUAGAAAAGAAAGAGUCAUCAGAGAUGAAGAAACUCAAUGACAGGAUUGACAUCAUCGAAAAAGAUAGAAAGCAAGAUACGUAUCCUGAAUAUCAACAUCAAUAUCCUAGAGGUUACAGAGGUCAAGGUAGAGGAUUUAAUCAAAGAUAUAUGUAUGGUAGAGGCAGAGCUGAAGUACGACCAUUUAGACCAACUGGCAGAGGAUCAAAAGAAAGCACAUGUAAUGAUGACAAAGAUCCUAAAUUAGUUGGACAUACAAAUGAGGUGAAAAUUGAUCUAGAAACUACAGCACUCUUAGACACAGGAAGUUGUAUCAGUGCAAUAUCAAAGUCUUUUUAUGAUAAACAUUUACAAAGUGUACAACUUAAACCGCUAUCGGAUCUUCUUCAAAUAGAAUGUGCGAAUGGUAACCAGCUCCCUUAUGAAGGAUAUGUUGAAAUCAACAUGACAGUUACUCGAGGACUACCAAAUGUGACAACACAUACUUGUUUAUUUCUGAUUACACCAGACACAAGAUUCUCUUUCAAAACUCCAGUCAUCAUCGGAACCAAUAUUUUAACAGAACUCCUCGAAGAAUGUAAACAGAAUUUUGGCGAUCAAUAUCUACAAAGAGCAAAUUUAUAUACACAAUGGUAUCUAUCCUUCAGAUGUAUUUCGAUGAGAGAAAAAGAGUUAAAGAAACAUAAAAACAGAAUAGCAAUCAUCAAAUCAGCAGAAACCAAAAACAUUAUUCUCGGACCAAACGGUUUGAAUCAGAAGUUAUUUUAG